AUGUCGUUCUCGGAUUCUGAUUCGUCAUCUUCUUACGGUGGCGACUACAAGAAUUUUAGGCAAAUCAGCCGCGAACGAAUUUUGAAGUUGAAGAUAGGAGCUGAAAUGCUUAGUGUUGGAUAUCCUUUUCUAUCUAAGAAGAAUGGCUUCUGUUUAUUGCAUGAAAUGCUUAGAUCAGCCAAAACAGGGGACUCAAAAUCAACUUGGAAGAAAGCUCAGAAGCACGACACCCUUGUUUUGAAACAAGCGGUGCUCAUCAUGGAUAAGCUUACUGUGAAGAUCAUGUCAUACUCAUGCAAGAUGGCUGAUAUCACCCAGGAAGGAGUUUCAUUGGUAGAAGACAUAUACAGACGAAGGCAGCCAUUGCCCUCCAUGGAUGCUAUAUACUUCAUCCAACCAACAAAAGAGAAUGUUAUCAUGUUCUUGUCAGACAUGUCUGGUAAAUCGCCUUUAUACAAAAAGGCAUUUGUUUUCUUCAGUUCCCCUAUUUCAAGAGAACUGGUUUCUCAUAUCAAGAAAGAUUCAACUGUAUUAACUCGCAUAGGUGCAUUGAGAGAGAUGAAUUUGGAGUAUUUUGCUAUAGAUAGCCAGGGUUUUAUUACUGAUGAAGAAAGGGCUUUAGAAGAACUUUUUGGGGAUGAGGAGGAUACUCGCAAAGGUGAUGCGUGUUUGAAUGUGAUGGCUUCUCGCAUUGCUACAGUUUUUGCUUCACUACGGGAAUUUCCUUUUGUGCGAUAUCGUGCGGCCAAGUCCCUUGAUGUGACAACAAUGACAACUUUCCGUGAUUUAAUUCCUACAAAGCUUGCUGCUAGAGUUUGGGAUCGUGUAACGCAAUAUAAGCAAAAGAUCGAACACUUCCCUCAGUCAGAAACAUGUGAACUGCUAAUCCUGGAUAGAUCUAUAGAUCAGAUUGCUCCUAUCAUACAUGAGUGGACAUAUGAUGCAAUGUGCCAUGAUCUAUUGAAUAUGGAGGGAAAUAAGUAUGUGCAUGAGGUUCCCGGCAAAGCAGGUGGUCCACCUGAAAAAAAGGAUGUUCUUUUGGAGGAACAUGAUCCUGUCUGGCUUGAGCUUCGGCAUGCACACAUAGCAGAUGCUAGCGAGCGGCUCCACGAGAAGAUGACAAACUUCAUAUCAAAAAAUAAAGCUGCCAAAAUCCAACAUGGUUCAAGAGAUGGUGGUGAACUUUCUACACGGGACUUGCAACAGAUGGUUCAAGCAUUGCCUCAAUACAGUGAACAGAUUGACAAGCUCUCCCUCCAUGUGGAGGCAUCCUACUCAUGUUCCCUCCGAGUGCAGUGUCACAUAGAUGUUGUCAAGGCUCUGCUCGAUUGGUUUGAGAUUGCCGGAAAAAUUAAUAGAAUUAUCAGGGAGUUGGGGCUUCGAGAGCUUGGGCAACUAGAGCAGGAUCUGGUUUUUGGAGAUGCAGGAAUGAAAGAUGUUAUCAAAUUUUUGACUACGAAAGAGGAUGCAACUCGUGAAAAUAAGUUGCGGUUGUUGAUGAUUCUUGCAGCCGUUUAUCCUGAAAAAAUUGAGGGUGAAAAGGGUCUUAAUAUAAUGAAGCUGGCAAGAUUACCGGAAGAUGACAUGAAUGCUGUAAAUAAUAUGAGAUUGCUUGCAGGGGCAUCAGAUACCAAAAAAAGUUCAACGGGUGCUUUCUCCCUGAAGUUUGAUAUUCAUAAGAAGAAGCGUGGUGCCAGGAAAGACCGCACUGGUGCAGAAGAAACAACGUGGCAGCUGUCUCGCUUUUACCCCAUGAUAGAGGAACUUAUUGACAAACUUAACAAAGGAGAACUUUCCAAGGAUGAAUAUCCGUGCAUGAAUGACCCAAGCGCAACUUUCCAUGGGACAUCCCAGUCUAUGCCAAUGCAUCAAGCUCCAGCUCCCCAUUCAAUGAGAUCGAGACGGACACCAACGUGGGCACGACCACGGAACUCUGAUGAUGGUUAUUCAAGUGAUUCAGUUCUAAGACACGCAUCUAGUGAUUUCAAAAAGAUGGGCCGGCGUAUUUUUGUAUUCAUUGUAGGUGGAGCUACAAGAUCCGAGCUAAGAGUUUGCCACAAGCUUACAAGCAAGUUACAGAGGGAAGUAAUUUUGGGUUCUUCGAGUCUCGAUGAUCCUCCACAAUUUAUUACGAAGCUGAAACUGCUGACAGCACAUGAACUUUCACUGGACGAUCUGCAGAUAUAG